AGAAAAGUUUGGAACUGCAUAUUCAACGGCUUACCGUUAGAUCUCCGAAUGCUUCGUACAAUAAUAACCAUAACGCGUCGAUUUUCCUGCGAGGCGUAUCAAGAUACAUUUUAUUUGCGGUUACACCUCUGUUUACAUUAAUUUAUUCUCAAGAAACAGAUGUUUACCCCUGACCAAACAGGGCGUCCAGCGUCGCCUCAUCCGGAUUUACAAAGAACUGUUUACGGAUGCUGCGCUGUUUGCAAAGUGCACCUAAACUCUUUUGCAGACCCCAGACUUCUGCCUUGUCUGCAUAUAGUUUGUAAUACUUGCCUUGCGAAGAUCUGCACAGAUGGAGCUACACAAGAUUGUCCAUUAUGUGCACAGUCCUUUUGUUUGUCCGAGGUCACAGAAUGUGCCAUUUUUGAAGACACAUCUAACAAUAACAAGGCCCCCAAGUGUGCCGGGUGUGAAGAGGGUGAGGUUAGUGGAUGGUGUGUCCAGUGUGAGGAGACCCUGUGUUUAGACUGUACAUCUGCUCAUCAUAGGGUGAAAAUGACUCGUGACCAUGAAGUCACACCCAAAAAACCUCCCACAGGUUGGAUACAGAGAAGACGCUGUCCCUCACACCCUCAGGAGAGCUUGAGGUUCUUCUGUCUUGUUUGUGAAGAGCUCACCUGUAAGGACUGUCAGCUGAUCUCUCAUAGGGGCCACAGUUUUGUGCAGCAGGAAGAAGCUGUGGGAUCUCAGAGACAGCAGCUGCAUUGUUUGUUGGACUCUAUCAGACAUCAGAAAGAGACAGUCACCAGCAGCCUGCUGCUUCUAGAGACAAGAUUGAAGGACAUUGAGAAUAUAAAAGUGGCAGCAAAGAAGAUGUUGAGACAGGUAGUCCACUCCAUUUAUCAGACUCUGGUUCUGAAAGCCAUGCAGAUGUUAAAGGAGAUAGAGGCCUUGUAUGCGGAGGAGGUGGGGUGUUUGUCGGAGAGGAAGACAUCCCUGAACAGGUUGGAAGGCUGUCAGAACUACAUAGCGGCUUUAAUUGACAAGGUUCUAUGCACAGAGGGCCACUGCCUCCUGGUCCACACAAAAAGAAUUCAGAACCAAGUGAAAAAGCUUCUGUCCCAGAAGGCAUGUACCCCUGAGACCAAGAUUGAACUGCACAUUCAGCUUCAGAAUGAAAUCUGUCAGCACAUCAUGAAAUGUGGAUUUUUGAGGAUUAAAAAGGUUCUUGUUCCAUUUACCAAUCAGAGAACUGGUUCCACUCACUCAGAGUCUGUGAAAAGCUCAAAUCCAAAUUCUCCUGUAACUGCCACUGAUGUUCGUCCUGCACCGGCCUCUUCAAGUGUUGACACGCAGGUUCAGGGUGAUUGUGUUUUCAGUAGUUCUGCAAUGCGUCCCUCUGCCUCCUCUCAGACUGUGCAAAUGAACCAGGCCCUUCAUAGUCUGCAUCAUCCAUCUCAGCCCAGCCAGCCAUCUCAUUCUAAUCAGGCCACAACCCACUCUUCAUGUAGCACUGUUGCCUCAUCCCAACCGAAUCAAUAUAAACUUUCCUCUUCAGACCGUCAAAGUUUUUCUUCCUCACCAUCACUCCAAGGCCAGUCCCAUGAAGUCAUCUCUGAGCAUUCCAAACAAACUUACAGUCCCUCAUCGAACUGUGCGCCAUAUUUUCCUCAGUCUGCUCCUAAAACCCACAUGAAGUCUUCUUCGUCUGUUUAUUCUCAGCCUCAUCUUCCACUCUCAAACUGCACAGCAUCUCAAAUAUACAAUAUUUCUGAGUCAGCCAAAUGUAGUAAGGCCUAUCGCUCUACUUUGUCGGUCUCUCAAAAACGCAUACUCCCCUGCCCAACACCAGUAAACAGCCAAAAGCAACCAAUUUCAGUCAAAAACCAAACACCUGGAACAACUUAUUCAAUACCAGUCAGCAGCCAAACACUCACACCAACUCAUCCACUGCCAGCCAACAACCAAACACCCCAACUAACUCAUCAAAUUCCAGUCAACAACCAAACCCCCAGAACUUAUCCAGUACCAGCCAGCAACCAAACACUCGCACCAAUUUAUCCAAUACCGGCCAACAACCAAACACUUGUACCAACUCAUCUAAUGCCGGUCAAUAACCAAAAACAACGAAUUUCACUCAACAACCAAACACCUGUAACAACUCAUCCAUUGCCCGCCAACAACCCAACACCCAAACUAAUCCAACCAACACCAGCCAACAACCAAACACUCGCACCAGCUCCUCUAAUGCCAGCCAACAACCAAACACCCCUACUAACUCAUCAAAUACCAGUUAAUAACCAAAAACAACCAACUUCAGGCAACAACCAACAACCCAAACUAAUCAAACCAAUACCAGCCAACAGUCCAAUACCUGUAUUAAUUCAAACAAUUCCAGUCGACAACCAAACACCCAUACUAACCCAUCCAAUACCAGCCAACAACAAAACACCUGUAUUAAUCCAACCAUUACUAGCCAACAACCAAUCAACCAUACUAACCCAUUCUGUACCAACGUACAACCAAGCACUCAUACUGACCCAUCCAAUACAAACCACUAUCGUGGGGUCCGGACAUUCUUUUUCAGUGCAACCCAAUAUUCCUUUGACUGUCCUUUCAACUGUAAAUGCACUUUCUUUAAAUGAUGCUACUGCAGUCUCUAAUGUCUCCAGUGGUGGGAUGAAUCAUACCCCGGAGGACCCUUGUGCACCAAAUCCAACGAGUACAACUUCUAAUGCUAUCCCAGACACAGCUAGUGGAUCUUUACUUCCUGUAGACCAAAUGCCUUCCACUGAUACCCUCCACAGUAAUAGAGGCACAUACAAAAGCACAAACCUCCCAGUCAAGGCCUUGGCUGAUUCCGCCUGUGAUCAGGAUGCAGGUGUGAGCAGCACGAAUGUCACUGAUAUGGAUCAUCUGGAGAGCAACUUGGCCUCCUCCCUUGUGUCAGAGACAGCUCCCAAAGAACCUUCACCAGAUCCUGCCCACUCCUCUGGCCCAUCCAGCAUGUACCAGGAGAAAUGUUCAAGACAAGCUCAAGAUGGUCAGUCAUCCAACAAGAAAAACUAUGGACCAAAACACUGGAGCAUUGGCAUGCCAGCAACUUUCCGUCAGCUUGUAGAGGCAACAUCCAUACCUAUCAGGUCAGAAGACAAUCUAAACGCCACACCUCCAGUGGAUUCAACUCCUUGUAGCGCACCAGAAGACCUUGCAGUAGAGAGGACAACUCAUGACAAGACUUUGCAAAGUGCUUUUGACGACAGGGAGGCAAAAAAAGAAGACGAAGAAUCUGCAGUAACGCUGGAACACUCCAGGAGACAAAUCAAACAACUGAAGAGGUAUGUACGCGUUUCUCUUGUGCGUCUGCCCAUCUCUCUGCCUCCAAUUGGAGAGCCACUCCCAGAGUUCCACCUUACUACAGACACCUCCACAGAUCACAUCUUAGUGCACGAAUCCCAGGGAGGACAGGUUAAACAGGUGUGGAGAUGGUAUGAAGAUCCAGUGCCAUCUAGAUCCUCUUCUUGCUCUGUGUCUCAGGACAGCUCCCCGGAAUCUGACGUAGAGUUCUGUGCCGUGUGUCUGUCUGCAGGAGCUGCACUUCUGUGUGUAAAAUGUGGCAGUGCUUUUCACUUUGACUGUCACAUACCACCAAUUCUCACAAAACCUGGUAAAGAUUGGGUGUGUUUGCUGUGUCAGGAUGUAAAUGAGACACUCUUGUAUGGCAGUGAGGAGUUGGGGACACCUGGUCUGAGUCUGCAGGAUCAAAGAAAGUGUGAGAAGCUUCUCCUUGGUCUCCUGUGUGAUGAGAACAAGAGCCUGCUCUACAGCGCCACCAAGACUCACUCAAAUACAGCCGAAUUUGAUAUAAUACUUGGCCGACUCCUGGGAAAACGGAAGCCUCCUUAUCGGACUGCUGCUGAGCUGGUGUCCGAUAUUUGGACUCUUUUGGACAUCUUGAUGAUGAACUCUGAGAGGAAAAACAUGGUUGUCAGACUUCAAAUAUCUUUCCAGCAACAGGUGAAUGAGACUUUUGGGAAGAGUCUCCAUGCUUCUCUCCUAAAUCACUCCAGCAACAAGGAACCAAUCAGAACUUCAGAGACUGAACGGGAGAAACACAGAAACACUUUGAAACGCAUGAGAGCGUUUUUCACAGCAAACUGUGGUACGGCUGCAAAGAAAUCCUGCACUGAUAAAGGGAAAGAGAGAGAUGACUGUGGAAACACCACAGCUGCUGAACACUGAAGUGCCUUCGUCAAUAUUUUUGAAAGUGCAAAAAUACUUAUAAUCUUUUGUAAAGAGGGAACCAGACCACUUUCUAUUUAUUUUAGUAUUUUGUUUAUUUAGCUUUGCCUUAAAGUAAGAUACGUAUUAAACAGAUUGUUUCAUCUAAGCUCACAUUUCUUUCUCUGGUCAUGAUCUAUUUGUGCAUGUGGGUUGAAAAUGAUUAGCAUUAUUGGAUGUUAUGUAGCUGUGAUGACAGCAGAGGGCGCAACAAUCCUUUGGUCGUUUGACUUCGCUCUGUUUUCAAUUAAAUUUACAACCGGCGCUUAUCAAGGCAAGCAUUAGUAUUACUAUACAUACAUACAUACAUAUAUAUAUAUAUAUAUAUAUAUAUAUAUAUAUAUAUAUAUAUAUACUCCAAAUAACCCUAAAUGUCAAACUUUGGCGUGCAGUUUGUCCCUCCCACACCGGUUGUCCUGCAAUAAUGAAAUAUGACAUAUCACUUUAAAAUUGUUGGUGAUUUCAAUUUACUCUUUGUUUAGAUUAUUAUAGUGGGACUACUAUAGUAAAAUAAUCCAUGUAUAUAUAGUUAAAAAUAACCCAUGCACAAAAAUCGCUUGAAAAAUAGCAAAAAAUAAACAAAGUGUAUACCUUUCCUAGUAAAAAAAGUAAUGUAUUUCAAGUAUAGUUCAAAUCUAUUAACGUUUACUGACAUAUCGCUCAAGACUUGCUGAAAUAAAAAAUGUAAUUAAACUUUAUUUGGAGUAUUACUUGUGCAUAAUGAAUAUUUCUUAAUAUUAAGCCUAAAAUGUGUUUUAAUAAAGAUCCCCUAUGAUCUUUGAAUAAUAUCGGUCAUUAAAUGCAAGAUAUUUAUAGUGUAACAAAAGUAUACUUGCAAUAGUUCCACUUUAGCACAAUCAAAUAUACUUAAGUAUAUCUUUAGUUGAAACUCAGCA